CAUCGUCAAAAAAGAAGGUGCGCACCGGCCUAUGUGAACGUUGUGUUUUCGAUACCUGUAUUACUGUAACCGCGUGCGGUGUGCGUGUCAGAAAGUGCGGGCAGUUUUUUUUUGCCCAAGUAAUUUUGGAGUUGCCAUUCCAAGUAUGAUUUGCUGCAGCAGAAAUGUCACCGUAGAGUUCUGAUUCAGCGGGUGUCUCCAGUGGCGCACAAUGGCGGGCCUACCGCCAUACAUGCUGGGCCAGCCGUAUGUGAUGGGUGUGCUGGCCCAGCAGCAGGCCAUGGCAGCCCAGCUGGCUGCCCAAGUGCAUGCACAGAUGCAGCAACAGCAGCAGCACCUGCAGCAGCAGCAGCAGCAGCUUCAACAGCAGCAGCAGCGCCAGCAGGAGGCCAUCUCAGAGGAGAAGCUUCAGGAGAAAGCACGAAAAUGGCAGCAGCUGCAGUCCAAGCGGUAUGCUGAAAAGCGCAAGUUUGGCUUUGUGGAUGCGCAAAAGGAAGACAUGCCACCUGAGCACAUCCGCAAGAUCAUUCGAGACCAUGGGGACAUGAGUAGUCGCAAGUAUCGGCAUGACAAGCGCGUUUACCUAGGGGCCCUUAAGUAUAUGCCGCAUGCAGUACUGAAGCUGAUGGAAAACAUGCCCAUGCCAUGGGAGCAGAUCCGAGAUGUGAAGGUUCUCUACCACAUCACUGGGGCCAUCACUUUCGUCAAUGAGAUCCCCUGGGUCAUUGAGGCUGUUUACAUUGCUCAAUGGGGAACUAUGUGGAUCAUGAUGCGCCGAGAGAAGCGUGAUCGGCGACACUUCAAGCGCAUGCGGUUUCCCCCCUUCGAUGAUGAAGAGCCUCCGCUGGAUUAUGCAGACAAUGUGCUGGAUGUGGAACCCCUGGAGGCCAUUCAGAUGGACCUUGACAAUGAUGAGGAUUCGCCUGUCUGCAAAUGGUUCUAUGACCAUAAGCCCCUUGCAGAGACCAAGCACAUGAAUGGCGUGACAUACCGGCACUGGAACCUGACGCUGCCCCAGAUGGCAACACUGUACCGCCUGGCCAACCAGUUGCUCACUGACUUGGUGGAUGACAACUACUUCUACCUGUUCGACCUCAAAUCGUUUUUCACGGCCAAGGCUCUCAACAUGUCAAUCCCAGGAGGACCUAAGUUUGAGCCCCUCAUCAAGGACAUGAACCCAGCGGAUGAAGACUGGAAUGAAUUCAAUGACAUCAACAAAAUCAUCAUACGCCAGCCCAUCCGGACUGAGUACAGGAUUGCCUUUCCAUACCUGUACAACAACAUGCCUCACUAUGUACAUCUGUCCUGGUAUCACACCCCCAAUGUAGUGUACAUCAAGACGGAAGACCCUGACCUGCCAGCAUUCUACUUUGACCCCUUGAUCAACCCUAUUGCACAUCGUCAGGGCACAAAGCAAACUGUGGACCCCUUGCCUGAUGAUGAGGAGGAGUUUGAGCUACCUGAGCAUGUGCAGCCUUUCCUUCAGGAUUGCCCAUUAUACACAGACAACACAGCCAACGGUAUUGCCCUGCUCUGGGCUCCACGGCCAUUCAACCUGCGCUCAGACCGCACUCGUCGUGCCAUUGAUAUUCCUUUGGUGAAGUCCUGGUACCGUGAGCACUGCCCCCCAGGCAUGCCUGUGAAGGUCAGGGUCUCAUACCAGAAGCUGCUGAAGUACUUUGUGCUCAAUGCACUUAAGCACCGGCCCCCCAAGCCACAGAAGAAGCGGUACCUCUUCCGGUCAUUCAAAUCUACCAAGUUCUUCCAGACGACGACCAUUGACUGGGUGGAAGCUGGCUUGCAGGUGUGCCGCCAGGGCUAUAACAUGCUGAACCUGCUGAUCCACCGCAAGAACCUCAACUACCUCCAUCUCGACUACAACUUCAACCUGAAGCCUGUCAAGACACUCACCACCAAGGAGCGUAAGAAGAGUCGCUUUGGCAAUGCGUUCCACCUGUGUCGUGAGAUUCUUCGACUCACCAAGUUGGUGGUGGACAGCCAUGUGCAGUACCGGCUGAACAAUGUCGAUGCAUUCCAACUGGCGGAUGGGCUACAGUAUGUAUUUGCCCAUGUUGGCCAACUGACGGGCAUGUACCGCUACAAAUACAAGCUCAUGCGACAGAUCCGCAUGUGCAAGGACCUCAAGCAUCUCGUCUACUAUCGCUUCAACACGGGCCCUGUGGGCAAGGGACCUGGCUGUGGCUUCUGGGCACCUGGUUGGCGAGUGUGGCUGUUCUUCAUGCGAGGAAUCACUCCACUGCUGGAGCGCUGGCUGGGUAACCUGCUCUCCCGCCAGUUCGAAGGUCGCCACUCCAAGGGUGUUGCCAAGACUGUCACCAAGCAGCGUGUGGAGAGCCACUUUGAUCUGGAGCUGAGGGCCUCGGUGAUGCAUGACAUUCUGGACAUGAUGCCUGAGGGCAUCAAGCAAAACAAAGCCCGCACGAUCCUGCAACACCUGUCUGAGGCGUGGCGCUGCUGGAAGGCCAACAUUCCAUGGAAGGUGCCUGGCCUACCAAUCCCCAUUGAGAACAUGAUCCUGCGCUAUGUGAAGAUGAAGGCUGACUGGUGGACCAACACGGCCCACUACAACCGGGAGCGCAUCCGCCGUGGAGCCACUGUGGACAAGACAGUCUGCAAGAAGAACCUGGGUCGGCUGACGCGGCUCUACCUAAAGGCCGAGCAGGAGAGGCAGCACAACUACCUCAAGGAUGGCCCUUACAUCAGUGCUGAGGAGGCCGUUGCCAUCUACACGACUACUGUGCACUGGCUGGAGAGCCGCCGCUUCUCUCCCAUCCCCUUCCCACCACUGUCGUACAAGCACGACACCAAGCUGCUCAUUUUGGCCCUGGAGAGGCUCAAGGAAGCCUACAGUGUGAAGAGUCGACUGAACCAAUCGCAGCGAGAGGAGCUGGGGCUCAUUGAGCAGGCCUACGACAACCCUCACGAGGCACUGUCACGCAUUAAGCGUCACCUGCUCACGCAGAGAGCUUUCAAAGAGGUGGGCAUAGAGUUUAUGGACCUGUACAGCCACCUGAUCCCUGUGUACGACGUGGAGCCCCUGGAGAAGAUCACAGACGCUUACCUAGAUCAGUAUCUGUGGUAUGAGGCAGACAAGCGACGCCUCUUUCCACCUUGGAUCAAGCCAGCUGACUCGGAGCCACCACCCUUACUUGUGUACAAGUGGUGUCAGGGCAUCAACAACCUGCAGGAUGUGUGGGACACUGCUGAGGGUGAGUGUAAUGUCAUGCUCGAGUCACGUUUUGAGAAGAUGUAUGAGAAGAUGGACCUGACACUGCUCAACCGACUCCUGCGCCUCAUUGUGGAUCACAACAUCGCUGACUACAUGACGGCCAAGAACAACGUUAUCAUCAACUACAAGGACAUGAACCACACCAACUCGUAUGGAAUCAUCCGUGGCCUGCAGUUCUCCUCCUUCAUUGUCCAGUACUAUGGACUGGUGCUGGAUUUGCUUGUGCUGGGCCUGCAGCGGGCCUCCGAGAUGGCAGGGCCCCCACAGGUGCCCAACGACUUCCUCUCCUUCCAGGACGUUGCCACGGAGACGGCACAUCCUGUACGCCUCUACUCGCGCUACAUCGACCGCAUACACGUCUUCUUCAGGUUCACUGCCGAAGAAGCAAGAGACCUGAUCCAGCGCUACCUAACUGAGCACCCUGACCCAAACAAUGAGAACAUUGUUGGGUACAACAACAAGAAGUGUUGGCCCAGAGAUGCCCGUAUGCGUCUCAUGAAGCAUGAUGUUAACCUGGGCCGUGCAGUGUUUUGGGACAUCAAGAACCGACUGCCACGGUCAGUGACAACAGUCCAGUGGGAGGGCAGCUUUGUGUCGGUGUACAGCAAGGACAACCCCAACCUGCUGUUCAACAUGGGUGGCUUCGAGUGCCGCAUCUUGCCCAAGUGCCGCAUGACCCACGAGGAGUUCAGCCACAAGGAUGGCGUGUGGAACCUGCAGAAUGAGGUGACCAAGGAGAGGACAGCGCAGUGCUUCCUCCGUGUGGAUGAUGAGUCGAUGCAGCGUUUUCACAAUCGAGUUCGACAGAUUCUCAUGGCCUCUGGAUCAACCACUUUCACAAAGAUUGUGAACAAGUGGAACACGGCACUGAUUGGCCUGAUGACCUACUUCCGGGAGGCUGUCGUGAACACGCAAGAGCUGCUUGAUCUUCUCGUCAAGUGCGAGAACAAAAUCCAGACCCGAAUCAAGAUUGGUCUCAACUCUAAGAUGCCCAGCCGUUUCCCACCUGUGGUGUUCUACACGCCCAAAGAACUGGGGGGCCUGGGCAUGCUGUCCAUGGGCCACGUGCUCAUCCCUCAGUCCGACCUCAGGUGGUCGAAGCAGACGGAUGUGGGCAUCACACACUUCCGAUCAGGCAUGAGCCAUGAUGAAGACCAGGUGAUCCCAAAUUUGUACCGCUACAUUCAGCCUUGGGAGAGCGAGUUCAUCGAUUCCCAGCGUGUGUGGGCUGAGUACGCCUUGAAACGCCAAGAGGCACUGGCACAGAACAGACGCCUCACAUUGGAAGAUCUGGAGGACAGCUGGGAUCGUGGCAUCCCACGAAUCAACACUCUCUUCCAGAAAGACCGACAUACGCUGGCCUAUGACAAAGGCUGGCGCGUGCGUACAGACUUCAAGCAGUACCAGGUGCUGAAGCAAAACCCUUUUUGGUGGACCCACCAGAGGCAUGACGGCAAGCUGUGGAACUUGAACAACUACCGAACAGACAUGAUCCAAGCCCUGGGCGGUGUGGAAGGCAUUCUCGAGCACACACUCUUCAAGGGAACCUACUUCCCCACCUGGGAAGGUCUCUUCUGGGAAAAGGCCAGCGGGUUUGAAGAAUCUAUGAAGUACAAGAAGCUGACUAAUGCGCAACGUUCUGGACUGAACCAGAUCCCCAACCGGCGCUUCACUCUCUGGUGGUCACCUACCAUUAACCGUGCCAAUGUGUAUGUGGGCUUCCAGGUGCAGUUGGACCUAACUGGCAUCUUCAUGCACGGCAAGAUCCCCACGCUCAAGAUCUCGCUCAUCCAAAUAUUCCGAGCUCACCUGUGGCAGAAAAUCCAUGAGAGUAUUGUCAUGGACUUGUGCCAGGUCUUCGACCAAGAGCUAGACGCCUUGGAAAUUGAGACCGUACAGAAGGAAACAAUCCACCCACGGAAAUCCUACAAGAUGAACAGCUCUUGUGCUGAUGUGUUGCUCUUUGCCACUUACAAGUGGAAUGUCUCCCGGCCAUCUCUUCUGGCUGACUCAAAGGACACCAUGGAUGGCACGACAACACAGAAAUACUGGAUUGAUGUGCAGCUACGAUGGGGCGACUAUGACUCUCAUGAUGUGGAACGUUAUGCCCGAGCCAAGUUCCUGGACUACACAACUGACAACAUGAGCAUCUACCCCUCACCCACAGGCGUGCUUAUUGCCAUUGAUCUUGCCUACAACUUGCACAGUGCCUAUGGCAACUGGUUCCCGGGCUGUAAGCCACUUAUCCAGCAGGCCAUGGCUAAGAUUAUGAAGGCCAACCCAGCAUUGUACGUGCUGCGCGAACGUAUUCGCAAGGGUCUCCAACUGUACUCUUCUGAGCCCACCGAGCCUUACCUCAGCUCCCAGAACUAUGGCGAGCUCUUCUCCAACCAGAUCAUCUGGUUUGUUGACGACACCAACGUCUACCGUGUCACCAUCCACAAGACCUUUGAAGGGAACCUGACAACCAAGCCCAUCAAUGGUGCCAUAUUCAUCUUCAACCCACGCACUGGACAGCUGUUCCUCAAGAUCAUCCACACUUCCGUGUGGGCUGGCCAAAAGCGUCUGGGACAGCUGGCCAAAUGGAAGACGGCGGAAGAAGUGGCUGCUCUUAUCCGUUCACUGCCUGUGGAAGAGCAACCCAAGCAAAUCAUUGUGACUCGCAAGGGCAUGCUGGACCCUCUGGAAGUGCACCUGUUGGACUUCCCCAAUAUUGUCAUUAAGGGCAGUGAGCUGCAGCUGCCCUUCCAGGCGUGCCUCAAGGUGGAGAAGUUUGGGGACCUGAUUCUGAAGGCCACUGAGCCACAGAUGGUGCUGUUCAACCUGUACGACGAUUGGCUCAAGACCAUCUCCUCCUACACGGCUUUCUCACGCCUCAUACUCAUUCUGCGCGCCCUUCACGUUAACAAUGAGCGCACCAAGGUGAUCCUCAAGCCCGACAAGACCACUAUCACUGAGCCGCACCACAUCUGGCCCACCCUCACUGACGACGAGUGGAUCAAGGUGGAAGUGCAGCUGAAAGACCUCAUCCUGGCCGACUAUGGCAAAAAGAACAACGUAAAUGUGGCCUCACUGACACAAUCGGAGAUUCGUGACAUCAUCCUCGGCAUGGAGAUCUCAGCCCCAUCAGCUCAGCGGCAACAGAUUGCCGAGAUUGAGAAGCAGACCAAGGAGCAGUCUCAGCUGACAGCCACCACUACCCGCACUGUGAACAAGCACGGUGAUGAGAUAAUCACCUCCACAACCAGCAACUAUGAAACGCAAUCUUUUGCCUCCAAGACCGAAUGGCGUGUACGAGCCAUCUCGGCAACGAACCUGCACCUGCGUACCAACCACAUCUACGUUUCCUCUGACGAUAUCAAGGAGGCGGGCUACACCUACAUCCUUCCCAAGAACAUCCUCAAGAAGUUUAUCAUCAUCUCAGAUUUGAGGACACAGAUUGCUGGCUACCUGUACGGUGCAAGCCCUGUGGAUAACCCGCAGGUCAAGGAGAUUCGGUGCAUAGUGAUAGCGCCACAGUGUGGCAGCCACCAAGGAGUGCAGCUGCCACAGGCUCUGCCCCAGCACGAGCAUCUGCGUGAGCUGGAACCUCUGGGCUGGCUGCACACUCAGCCCAACGAGCUGCCUCAGCUAUCGCCCCAGGACGUGACUACACAUGCCCGCAUCAUGGCUGACAACCCCUCGUGGGAUGGCGAGAAGACAGUCAUCAUCACCUGCAGCUUUACACCUGGCUCCUGCUCCCUGACUGCGUAUAAGCUGACCCCAAGUGGCUACGAGUGGGGCCGCCAGAACACUGAUCGAGGCAACAACCCAAAGGGCUACUUGCCAUCACACUACGAACGAGUCCAGAUGCUGCUUUCAGACCGCUUUCUUGGCUUUUUCAUGGUGCCUGCACAGGGAUCUUGGAACUACAACUUCAUGGGUGUGCGGCAUGACCCAAACAUGAAGUAUGAACUGCAGCUCGCCAAUCCCAAGGAGUUCUAUCAUGAGAUUCACAGACCUUCACACUUCCUCAACUUCAGCAGCUUGGAGGAGCCAGACUCUAUUGGCAAUGAUAGAGAGGACCUCUAUGCAUGAUCCUUUUCAUAGCAUCAGUGUAUGACCAUCAUUGAAUGGCUCCAUGAGCUGUCACCACAUAAACAUUAAAGCCUUGAUAUUUUAA